CCCAAAGUAAUACAAAGCGUAGAUUACCUCUCACAUGCAUGUAUUGCUAAGAUAUAGAAGCUGCUUUACACCUUAAUCCGGCUUAUUGUGAUGCAAGACACCAGCCCCGAUUUAUUUACAGGGGCACUAGAAAGCUAGAUUCGUGAUAGUGCCAUAAGCGGGUGGUGCCUGACGUUCUAGAUCCCGAUAGAUUCACCGGAAGGCAGCAUGUAAACCGGGGCGUCCCCUAUUUUUUUUGUGUUGAGCCCAAACCCAUAAUUCGUUAUCUAAACCACACGUCCGUCCGUCAGCCUAAACUUACUAGUCAUAAUGACUUCUCAGACAGAAAAACGGUGACAACGACCAACUCCCCAAAAAAAUGUCGCCGCCUCAGCGCUCGCCUUCUCCCGAGUUUUCGCCUCUGGCUAUUGGCGAGGACCUCUCGCCGCUCCCGGCGUACAAGGCCGCCGGCACCACCGCAACCGAUUUCGCCGGGCUCCUCGCCGAGCCCCUGCGGCUGCACGAAGAUCUGGCCUCCGGCUGCGGCGGACAGACUUGGCCCGCGGGCAUGGUCCUCGCCAAACAUAUGCUCCGGUACCACCGGGACGACAUGCGAGACUCGCGGAUAUUAGAACUCGGAGCCGGAGGUGGAUUGGUGGGCUUGGCGGUUGCCAAGGGGUGCGCGGUUGGGAACCCGCUCUAUAUUACCGAUCAGUUGGAGAUGCAUUCCUUGAUGGAGCACAACAUCAGCUUGAACGGGCUCGAGGGCCAAGCCAAAGCUGCCAUUCUAAACUGGGGUGAGCCUCUUCCACAGGAUAUCGCUGUCUUUAAGCCAGACGUGAUCCUCGCGGCAGACUGCGUCUACUUCGAACCUGCCUUCCCGCUGCUCCUGGCCACGUUGUCAGAUCUUCUGAAACUGUGUCCCUCAGCCACCAUUUACUUCUGCUUCAAGAAGAGGAGACGCGCCGACAUGCAGUUCCUCAAAAAGGCCCAGAAGCUAUUCAAAGUAACCGAAGUCCCGGAUGAAGACCGACCCGUCUUCAGCAGAGAGGGGCUCUUCCUCUAUACUUUCCAGGCUGCAUAAGGGGGGUUGUGCUCUUAGAUUUUAUUGCCCUUCUCAUUGUUAAUGCGUCCGGGUAUUUUCGGCAUAUCCUAGUUUCGCAUCUAGAUAUUUCUGCACGUGGCUGACUGUCAGCAUAAAUUAAGUCCUGUUUGCUGCCGUGGAAGAUAGUGUUACGUCUAUCACGUCAGCUCCUGUGUAGGCUGAGUCAAGACGGGAACUUGCAGGCAGGCUACCUUCUAAUAGAGACUUCAAUGUUGGAGUGAAAAGAACAUUAACCAAUUGCUAUCACCCGGUUUCGGGCAUACUCUGAAUUCAUAGAUUAUCAUUGGAACUACGCAGACAAUUCUGACAUGAUACAAUUCCUAUGCA